AUGGUAUCCCUUCGGGGAUCGAUAUUCGCUUCCCUGCUUUUAGCUACCUCACUUGUAGUUGCAAAUACAACGACUGAAGUUCUUCCACAGUGCGCGGUUACCUGCGAGCAAAGCGCACUGCAGCAAAAUAACUCAACUUGUUCUAGUGGCAAUACGACGUGCCUUUGCACAGAUCAUCUUUAUCAGUCUAAUUGGGAACAGUGCGUGCUUGCAAAUUGUACGGUCAAGGAAUCGUUCACUGCCAAACGGCUACAAUCCCAACAAUGCGACCUCCCCACUCAUCACGGACGCCCUGCCGCAGAUCCUGCUCUCAUUAUUCCAUUAUGCCUUGCGACAAUCCUCUUUGCUACCCGGAUAUCCGCCAAGUAUAUGCGUAUUAGUGGUAGUUGGGGGUGGGAUGAUUAUACUAUUGUUGUGGCAUAUAUACUGGCCGUGGCCGUAUUCUCGUUGAAUGUGUCCAUGAUUCAUCAUGGAUUCGGGAAAGACAUCUGGAAUAUCACACCGUUUGAGGAAAUAACUGAGAUAAUGAAGAUCUUCUACGUAUAUGUUUUGCUAUACAAAAUGCAGAUAUCCCUCGCGAAGAUCUCCGUCUGUCUUUUCCUAUUACGAAUUUUCCAGUCGACAGCAUUUCGCUACACAGCUUAUACCAUCAUCGGUCUCAAUGCCGCAAUCGCAGUCACUUGGGUCCUGGUUGACGGCCUUCGGUGCACCCCAGUCCAUCUGGCAUGGACAGGAUGGGCGAAAGAGGAACAAGGGAAAUGCAUCGACUUUAUUGCGGCAACCUUCGCCAAUAGUUUCGUCAAUAUUGCAGUCGACGCUGUUAUGGUCGCCAUGCCAGUGUAUGAGGUGAUUAAACUAAAUCUCAGCGCGCGAAAGAAAGUAGGAGUUGGCGUUAUGUUUGCAAUGGGCUUGGUACUCACCAUUGUUGCAAUACUCCGAGUCGUUGUCUUCUGGUAUAACCGAUGGAACAAGAACCCAACUGUCGAAUUACAGCCGAUCAACGUCUGGUCGGUCAUCGAAUGCCAGAUUGCGGUGGUCUGUGCGUGCUUACCUGCAGCCAGGGCCGUGUUGGUCCGCUUCUUCCCUGGAAUGAUGGGUGGUUCUGCUGGGGAGUCUUACGCGCGUAAAGCCACGCGACCGAGUGCUCCUGGCACCAGUGGUAAAAUCUCCCAAACGACAACCUAUACCGUCGAGUACAGCAGGAGGGCUCAGGAAAGGGCAUCGAAUAGUGCGGUCAAUCUUGUAGAGUUACACCGUGAAGGAGUCUAG